AUGCGCCUCCAACGCCAACUUCAGGACCUUCUGCAGCUGCCCCGCAACGAGGUGCAGGAGAUGCGCCAGCGUAUGCAGGACCCCGACAUCGCCAUACCACUUCUCCAGUGCUACGACGCCGUGAUACGCGAAAAGGCGGAGGAGGUGGAGCGACUGCGCAGAGAGACGGUGGGCCUGCAGACACAGCUGGAUGCGUUUCACAGGGAUCAGCUCGACGUAUCGAAUGCUGUCCGCAUGGCCGAGGAGCUCGCAAAGAAUGUACAGGACAAGGCGGCGGCAGAGGUGCAGCGCUAUCUCGAGGCUGUGCGCGAGAUGCAGGGGGAGCUUGUGCGCCUCCGCCUCGAGAUGACGCGCGCCCUUGAGGCGGAAAAUACCGCCAAACAAGAUGCGCUUCGCACGGCGGAGCGCGCAGCCUCUUUGGAGACGGCGCUGGAGGCGGCUAAGCGGGCCACCUCGAAGGCAGAGGCGGCCCGUGAGGCUGCUGAGCGGAAGGUGAGGGUGCAGGAGCAGCAUGCGGCCGAGGAGCAGACGGGUUCGGUGGUGCAAAAGACUCAGCUGGAGGUCAUGACUCAGGAGAAUGCCGCCAAGGCGCAAGAGCUGGAGCGACUCCGUGCUAAGAUGAUGCAGGCACUACGCCAGGCGAGCGACAACCACGCCGCGCACCUCCGUGUUGUAGAGGAGCGCCAUCACACGAUCGUCGAGAACUUACGCAGCGUGAACCGUACUCAGGAGAUGGAGAUGCUCAAGCUGCGUGCUCAGUUGGCCCGGUGGGACCCGACGAACCCAUCUGGGGCCUGCCGCGGCGCUGGCGCGUCCUCACCGCCUACAUCGCUGCGCCUCCAGAGCACGACAGAGCUUCUGGAGGCGCAGGCGCGGCAGGCGCAGGAAUUGGAGUUGAAGCGGCUCUACGGGGAGGUGUCAACGCUGCAGUUACAGCGCAAUGAUGCGGUGCGACAGUACGAGCAGCGCACCGCCCGCCUUCAAAGAGAUUGUGAUCAGCAGCUGCAGGAUGUACAGCGCCAGCUGCAAAGUGCACAGCGCAGCCUCGCUGAGGUGCGUUCACGGUGUGAAGAGCUUGAGGAGACCAAAGCGACGCAGGAGGCCUCGUUGCGCAAGGCGCGUGACGAGCUGCGCCAAGCCCAACAGGACGGCCAGCAGUAUCGCCUCAGCGCGGACAGUCAUGCACGCAAGCUAGCGUCUGCUCAGCAACAGCUUGCAGAGGCGAACGAGCGCCUCAGCGCUCUCCAGCGGGAGAAGCAAAGUGCUGUUCGACAGGCCCAAGAGAGGGCGAGCGAGCUGGAGUCCAACGUAGCUCAAGUACUGCAGGAGGUUCAGUCAGCGAAGGAGCGCGCCUACGUGGAGGUAGGGGAGGUGCAGCGUCGAUAUGAGGAGCUGCGGAUGCAAAACUCAAAAUUGCAGGAUGGCCUCCGCGAGCGUGAGGCUGCGCUGGCGAAGAAGGAGCGCGAGCGCAACAUCCUGGAAGUGCAGUUGGGACGGCUCGAGGAAGGCUUAGAGGCGCACAAGCGCCGGAUUGUGGAGUCGGACCGGCGUGUGCAGCAGCUGGAGCAGCAGCUGACCGAAACGCGACAGCAGCACCGCGGCAGCUUCCUGUCACUAGAGCAGAUGAAGCUGCAGAACGCGCAACUGACACGCACGCGAGAUCAGUUAGCAGAGAUGCUGCAGGGGCGUUUCUUCUAG